AUGGGUGGUGCCUCGACGUCGAUGCCUGUGGUAGCAGCGUCAGGUUCGAUUCCUGAUCCUUCAUGUGUUGCGGCUGGUAUUGAUGGUGCGCCUCCUGGUGUUCCUAAUUUUGAAGUUGAAGCCAGACCGGAUCGAGUUGAGAAUGCGAUGCGAGACGAUGAUUCGGAUGAUGAGCUGGUCGACAUUGGUAGGGACAAUGAUGAUGAUAUUCUGAGCAAUACACAUACACCCCAUGGAACUUCGGGUUCAGUCACUGAUAAACCACUAUUUUAUGCCUUGAACUUGGAAGUCGUCGGCCAACAGCAGAAUGUAGAGGCAAUCUUCGUCGGCCAGGGUUUGCAUGAUGCGAAUGCUUUGGUGGAAUUUCAGAUUUGCCAAUCUUUCCAAAAUAAGGAGGAAGUUGUGCUGAGUGUAAAAGGUUACGGCAUCCGGCGUGGAGUUGAGUCCAGAGUGAUGGAGUCUGACCAUCUCAAAUACCACGGGAGCUGCAAGGAGUUUGGAAAAGAGUGCACGUGGAUGAUUCGUAUCACGCUGUGGCAAAGGAAGAGCACCUGGAAAGUUAGGAGGUACAACGAACUGCACACGUGUUUGGCCACAUCGAUAUCGAGCGACUACAGACAGCUUGAUUAUCAUGUCAUAUAUGCGAGGAUCUUUCCAUUGGUCAGAGCUAAUGCCUCGGUUACAAUUAAGGUGUUGUAG